GUAGUGGUAGUAGUAGAUUUUGUUAACUAAAAUCUCAUAAUCUCAUAGCCAAUCAAAUCCUAUUUUGCCAGCUUAGGACUUUCCCAUCUAAUUAAUCCUAUAUUGUUCAGUUUUCUUAUAUAAGGUGUACAUACAUAUAGAGAGAGAACAGAGAGAGAAUUUAGAAUAGAUAAAGAUAAAACAGAAAGUCUCAAAAAGACAUGCUCACUUCUCAUCAGCUUCCUAGGCGUUUCCUUGCAUUUGACAUCAACCUAUUAGUAUUACCAAUUUUUUCCCAUCAGAAACAUACAACUAUCUGGCUUAUAAGCAACAAUUUCAUCCUCUUGCUCUUUUUCAUAUUACUUUCUCUUCUUGUAAUUCCCCGAUCCAAAGGCUAGACUCAUCGAUUAAUUGGUUGAUUUUUCCAUUCAUCUGGAUUGGCAGGCAGAGGAUUGCCAUAGCUAAUAAUCUGAAAAUAUGGGAUUGAGUUCUAAGCAGGUAAUUAGCAGUGAUGGGCUUGAUUGGAGUCGGACUUUCUUGCAGGCUCAGACUAAUUUGCAGCUACCAAAGUCGACAUCGAUGAGAAGGCAACAGCAACAGCAACAAAACCAGCUGCAGCAGCAAUCUGAGGCCUUAAAAUGCCCAAGAUGUGAGUCUUCAAACACCAAGUUUUGUUACUACAACAACUACAAUAAGUCCCAGCCCAGGCAUUUCUGUAGAACUUGUAAGAGACAUUGGACUAAAGGUGGAACUCUUCGAAACGUUCCCGUCGGUGGUGGCCGGAAAAUUAAGCGGCCGAAGAAAUCGGGAUCCGGUACUGCUGCCACCACCUCCGCCACCGCCACCACGACCACAACAGCCACUGCCACCACUACCUCUGCUGCUGCUACCGGAAAUUCGAAUACUAAUGGAAAUCGGCUAAGUACCCACUUGACAUUUCAGGGUCAUGAGCAACAAAGGCAAAGUAGUGUUUCUCUUGCUCUUGGGGAUGAGAAGAACAACGUGUCGGAAAUCUUCUACCAGGCUCUUAUUCGUCCUCCUUCUCUUCCGCAGCAGAAUUUGAUUGGCUCCAACAGCAAUAUUAAUCGAAGUUUUUUGCUUUCCAAUCUACCUUCUUCUCAAGAUCAACAAAGCCUAAACUUUCCCUUAAUCUCCAACUCUGCUUCUUUGGACCCCAAGAACUCUUCGAUUUCUACCUCGUUUCCGACCUCGAAUAAUGUUUAUAACUAUGUUGAUCAUCAAGAUUUUAAACUCAUGUCGGAGCCGAGCAUCACCGGCAGCACCACUCAGCCAUGGCAAAUAGUAACCACUACAACAAGCAGUGGCAUGGACAUGUCAAACUACUGGAAUUGGGAAGACAUAGAUAACCUUGUGUCUGCUGAUCUCAAUGUGCCUUGGGAUGAUUCUGACAUCAAACCAUGAAAGAUCCUCAAUGUUUUUAACCUUACUAGUAGAUUACUUUUCUUAAUUUGUAAAGAUUUUUCCAUGUGAAUUAAUUAGAGUGUGUUUGAUGCAGGUAAAAAAGUCUCUUUAGUGAAUAUUAAUUUUUGUUUUCAGGGUGUAAAAUUUAAAACCAUUAUAUUCUCUCUCAACGCUGUAAUUGAUAAAGAGAGAUUUAGAGAACUUAGGGGGUUCACAAGCUGUGGUUUUUUCAGCUUUGAGGGCCAAUUGAUGAAGUUGUUCUUCAUAAUUUGUAGCUCUUUCUGUCUCUCUGUCUUUGGAUAUUCUUGGUGAGGAAGAAUAGUAUAAUGAUGUGUGUAAGUGGGGGUUAGGUUAGUAUAUCAGGUCUGUCAAUCACAAAAUAGAUCUUGAUGGAAUUUUUUUGGGGGUGCGUUGUGAUGGAGGAUGACACUAGAAGAGAUGGGGUCUCCCUCCAGCAGGGCUGAUUGACAGAAUGUGAUGGAAGAUUCUUGUGGAUAUGUUUAUAUGCACAAUUUUAUAUCUGAAUUAUGAUAUUGCAUGGA